AUGUUUUUUUUUUCANAACCCUUUAGUCUACCUGAAGUACCAUUUCGUACAAUCGAGGAGAUUCGGGAUCCGCCCGAUCUUGUCUACGGUCGCUUUCACGGUCUGUUUCAAAUGUUUGACGAGUAUCGAAAGGAGCCGAUUAAUCGGACCAAAGUGACCGAGGUUCGAAAAGCAUUGGCCAAUGUGAUUCAUUAUUUGGAAUACGGAAAUUUUCUCCGGAUCCGGGAUCAAUUUCAUCAGGAACCGAAAUUCCCGUUCGAGGAUGUGUUGAAUAUGUGGCAAUCGUUUUACUAUUGUAUCACUACGUACAAUUUUAGACAACAUUACGGCCCGUGCACAUACGGAUUUGUCUACACAGAGUAA